CUGAGUUGCUCAGACAUGGCGGAGGAUACAGUGUAAGUGAGGAUCAGCGGCGGAGUUACGUGAGUUUUCCCAGCAGUUGAGUCGGAAAAGCGUGCAUGAAAUGAUACACGAGGAGAGGAAAAUGUGUUGUGCUAAGGCGUACUCCCGACGGGAACCGUGAGACGGCCAUAUCUGCUACACGUUAGUAAGAUGGGAAAAUGUAUCGCUGUUUAGUGCAGUCAACAGCCUUGGGCAACAAAUAUGGCUUCUUGUGCCUUUUCCAAUAUGCUAUAAAAAUUGAUCUGCCGUGCAACCUAAUGCCGUGGUGGCUCCGGCGAACUUCUGCAAGCCUCGAUAAGUUGAGUUCCAUAAUCGCUCGGUACUUUUGAUCGGGGAGGAUAUUACAUCCACUUGGCCGCCUCGGUUAGCUGGGGAGCUACGGAAUCACAUCGGGCAGCAAUGGAGCCAAAGCACAAAGAGUUGCUCGACCAGUGCCACCAGAACUUAUUGGAGUCCAUCACGGAUGCGGACCGGGUGAUCGAGCUGCUCAUCGUCUCCGGGACACUGAGCCAGCUCGACAGGUUCGAGCUGGACCAGAACUGCUCGUCCAGCGCCGAGAAAGUCGACCACCUUCUGAAGAUGCUGAUGAACAAGGAGAGCGACCAUUUCCUCGACCUGUGUGUGGCCCUGGAGAAGGCUUACCCUGACCUGUACGCUGCCCUGUUCAGGAACAACGGCGGAGGACCCGUGGACCACUCCACCGGUUCCACAUACAGCGUCCUCUCCACGAUGCCGUCGGACUCAGAAAGCAGCAGCUCCCUCAGUAGUGUUGGUUCGCCUGUUAAUGGCGAGGCGUCCUCCCCGCCCCCGGCCAUCAACGACAACCGGCAGCCGGGUGACAACCUGGACACCAUCUUGCUGCAGCUCCGCCAGGUGACCAGGGAGCGCGAUGAGCUCCGGAAGCGUCUGGCGUUGGCAUCGCCGGGGACCACCUUCGAUGACUGCAGGCCAAAUUCCAAACCCAGUCAUGACUACGAGCGUCUGAAAAGCCAGUGCAUGCGAGCCAUGGCAGAUCUGCAGUCUCUCCAGAACCAGCACACCAAAACACUGAAGAGGUGCGAGGAGGCUGUGAAGGAGGCCGACUUCUACCACAUGCUGCACAGCCGCGUCCUGGGUGACCAGGCGCAGCUGAAGGAGGAGAUGGAAACGCUCCGGAGGGACAACGCCCAGCUCGUCCGCGAGCACAACCACCUGAAGCAGAGCUGCGAGGAGCUGAAGCGACUGCACGGUCAGGACCAGCAGGAGCUGGCAGACCUCCGGCUGCAGCAGCAGCAGGUAAUGAGAGAAAAGGGUUCCUCAGAGGUGUUGAAUAAACUGUACGACACCGCCAUGGACAAGCUGGAGGGCGUGAAGAAGGAGUACGACGCCCUGAGCAAGCGCUACAGCGAGAAGGUGGCCAACCAUAACACGGACCUGAGCCGCCUGGAGCAGGCCGAGGAGGAGAACCGGAGGCUGCAGAAGCAGAUGGACGCUCUGCUCAAACAGCGAGACUCGGCCAUGCACUACCAGCAGCAGUACUCCACCUCCAUGAGGAGGUUUGAUUCAGUGCAGCAGGAGCUGAACAAGUCCUCGGCUCAGAACAAGGAGCUGCAGAGAGAGAUGGAGCGGCUGCAGUCGGAGGUGACGCGCUACAAGAACCUGCAGCUGAAGUCGGCCAAGGACUGCGAGAAGUACAAGGAGGAGCGGGACUCCGUGUUCAACGAGUACCGACUGAUCAUGAGCGAGAGGGACCAGGUCAUCAAGGAGCUGGACAAGCUGCAGACCGAGCUGGAGGCAGCGGAGGCCCGGCUGAAAAACACCUCAUCGGAGAGGGUGGUGGCCAGCGAAGAACUGGAAGCUCUCAGACAGGAGUUGAACUCGUCGCUGGUGGAUCGUGACAGGGCCAUCUGUGAGAGGAACGAGCUGCUGGAGAAGUACUGCCACGAGGUGAAGGACAAAGCCGAGGCCCAGAAGGAGCUGAGCCAGGCCUGCAAGGACAUCGAGACGGUCCGCGAGGAGAGGGACGUGGCCCGCAAGGAGCGGACCGAGGCCAUCAUUCAAAGGGAUCAGCUGCUCCGAGAGUACUAUCAGGCCAGACAAAAACAAGACUCUGCGACCUUGGACAUGGAGCGAGCCAACAAGGAGAUCGAGGUGCUGAGGAAGCAGUACGAGGCCAUGUCCCAGGAGCUGAAGGAGGCCACGCAGGAGGCCGAGGUGGCCAAGUGCCGACGGGACUGGGCCUUCCAGGAGAGGGACAAGAUAGUGGCGGAGCGGGAGAGCAUAAGGACUCUGUGUGACAACCUACGGCGAGAAAGGGACCGGGCAGUCAGCGAUCUGGCAGACGCCCUGCGCAAUUUGGACGACAUGAGGAAACAGAAGAAUGAUACCUUACGAGAGCUCAAAGAACUAAAGGAGAAGAUGGACAGUCAGCUGGAGAAGGAGGCCCGUUUCUGUCAGCUCAUGGCCCACAGCUCUCACGACUCCGCCAUAGACACAGACUCCUUGGAGUGGGAGACGGAGGUGGUGGAGUUUGAAAAAGACAGGGAUGACAUGGAUUUGAAGGCACUUGGGUUUGAUAUCGCUGAGGGGGUAAACGAUCCGUAUUUACCAGGAGAUUGUGGAAUAUUUGUUACAAGGGUGGACAAAGGAAGUAUCGCAGAUGGAAGGUUAAGAGUGAAUGAUUGGCUGCUGAAGAUUAACGACAUGGACUUGACCAAUAAGGACAGGAAGCAGGUGGUGAAGGCCGUCCUCAACGGGGGAGGGUUGAUCAACAUGGUGGUACGAAGAAGGAAGUGUCUCGGAGGAAGACUAGUCACUCCUGUUCACAUCAACCUGGUGGGACACAAAGACUGUGGCAUCGGGCUGGAAAGCGGCGUCUUUGUCACCGCUGUGGUCCAGGGAAGUCCAGCAGCCAGAGAGGGGGCUCUCACAGUAGGAGACAGACUGAUUGCUAUUAAUGGAAUCGCUCUGGAUAACAAGUCUGUGACGGAGUGUGAGACUCUGCUGAGGAGCUGCAGGGACUCUCUCAGCCUGUCUCUCAUGAAGUUCUUCCCCCACAGCACGUCGGGGCAGAACAUUUUCGAAAGCCUCCGCGAGUCGUCGGAGAAGACCAACGGGCGCGCCCACCUGUCGGAGAUCCACUCCCGGAACAGCCGCAACCUCAAACACAACAGCUCCACGCAGACGGACAUCUUCUGUCCCGACGCCGCCAGCGCGAGCUCCGGCAGCAUCCCCGGGGAGAGGAGGAAGGUCCGGGGCGAGUCCGACGAGGUGUACAGCGACAUCGGCAAGCCGUUCUCCACAGGCUCCCUUCACGCCAUGAGCCUCAGGCCCGGUUCGGACUUGGGUUCCGGCCGCUACGGGCCCAGCGCUUUCCAAGAGUGCUGUCCUUACACAAAAGCACCCUCCUCCUUACCGUUCGACCCCGUUUCUGCCUCGGACUGCAUGACAGUGGAGACGGCUCUGGAGAAGAAGCACAGCGGAGGCACCUGGCCCAAGAUGAUGGUGGGGGGGAUGUCUGUGGCGCCAGACAGCAGCAGUCCGGUCACGGCAGCCACCCAGCUCUCCAUUUUCAAAUCGCCCAAACAGAGGAAAUCCAUCUUUGACCCGGACACUUUCAAACGCCCCGAAACGCCGUCGUCCAAGUUGGAGUACAUGGCGAGCAAUCAGAUGGCGGCAGUGGCUUCGGCAGCUUCACACUCCCCCCAGCCUUCAAAGACGGAGUCCCUCUCCUCCUCCUCCACCCCCACGCCCACCCCUCCCACCCCACCCACCCGCAGCGACUCCUUCAAAUUCAAACACAAACAUCAGAGCAGCUCCGCCUCCGACUGCACCAUCACCUCCGACGGCAAGGGGGAGGCGGCCAUCUCCACGGCGACGGGAGAGAGCCGAGAGAGGGGCGAGCGCGAGCGGGACCGGAACGGAAACCACUACUUCCUGGACGGCAAGGUGCUCACCUCGAGGAAGUCGUGCGACGAGGACAUCGGCCGCACCAGAGGGGAGGAGCCAGAGGUCAAGAGGCCACGCCCUAAAUCUGCCCCCGCCCUCCGACGCAGGAUGACCCCGCAGACCAUCACUCUUCCCACUUUCCAAAGCUACUCUAAUGAUGAACAUUCACCGGAGCCCAGGGACAUGCUGCGAUCCUCGCCCAGCCGCUCGCACAGGCACAGCGUCGGCUUCUUCCCCACAGUCUACAACGGCAGCCUACCUCCCAACUCGGCCCACCGGGGGCUCUCGCCCUGCCCCGCCGUGACGGCCGUGAUGAGGAAUCCAGUGUACACCGUGCGCAGCCACCGCGUUCAUACCAGCAACUGCCCGUCUGUCGCGUCUCAGAUAUGUCACCAGCACACCCACACCAGCCCACAACACCAGGGUCGUCUGAGCCUGGACCUGAGCCAGCAGAAGCGCGCAGGCGAUUUCUCUGAGUCCUCGUCAUCACGUAGCAGCAGAGCAUCACACGGUACAAACUCACUGCCGUCCAGCGCACGGCUCGGUUCCUCCAAUAACGUUCAGUACCGCACCGAGAGGAUCAAAAUCCCCUCCACACCCCGCUACCCGCGCUCCAUGCUGGGAUCAGACAGAGGCUCCCUCUCACACUCGGAGUGCAGCAGUCCCAGUCUCAUCACACCUCCUCAGUCUCCACUCAAUCUGGAGACGUCCUCGUUUGCCAGCAGCCAAUCACAGGGCUCCAUCUCCACCUUACCUCGGAUCUCAGUCAGCCCCGUGCCAAUAGGGGAGCGCAGGAAAGACAGAUCUCUUUACCGUAAUCGCUCUUUUCUAAGGAUUCCUCUGGCUGCAAGGCCGAGGUUCUCCUCUCUCAGGAGCCUCAGACCAUACUUGGAAGAACCUCGCAAUGUCAUCGUGCACAAAGGUGCGGAGCCUUUGGGCAUCUCCAUCGUCGGCGGGGAGAACGGAGGAAUCUUUGUCUCCAAAGUUACUGGAGGUAGCAUCGCCCACCAGGCCGGACUGGAGUACGGAGACCAAUUACUGGAGUUUAAUGGCAUCAACCUGCGGAACGCUACGGAGCAGCAGGCUCGUCUCAUCAUCGGCCAGCAGUGUGACACCAUCACCAUCAUGGCCCAGUACAACCCACACAUGUACCAGCUGGGAAACCACUCUCGCUCCAGCUCUCGUCUGGAGCCGGUCAGCACUCAGUCGACGCCCCAGGGCAGCGGAGCCGCCACCCCUGACAAUCACUCCGCCAUCGAUACGCUCAGCGAGCAGGACGAGGGGACCCUGACCCCGUCCUCCAAGCAGACCACCCCCACCACCAGCCCGCACAACUUCAGCAGAAGGCCGUCUGAGGGCAGCAGGAAGGCGGCGGAGCCCCGGCUGGUGGCGGUGCGCAGGCCCGGGGUGGAGGUGGGAGUCACUCUGUGCGGCGGGAACCUGCGGGGCGUCUACAUAGAGAGCGUGGACGAGGACAGUCCUGCCCGAGGCCCCGACGGGCUCCUGGCCGGGGACCUCAUCCUGGAGUACAACUCGGUGAAUAUGAAGAACAAGACGGCCGAGGAGGUGUACGUGGAGAUGCUGAAGCCUGCAGAGACGGUCACGCUGAAGGUGCAGCAUCGUCCCGACGACUUCGGCGUGAUCAAAGACGUUCCAGGAGACGGUUUUUAUAUUCGAGCACUUUACGACCGGGUGGGGGAGGCGGACGGGGACCUCAGUUUUAAGAAGGAUGACAUCCUGUACGUGGAUGAGUCUUUACCAAAGGGCAGCUUCGGGACCUGGAUGGCCUGGCAGCUAGACGAGAACGCACAGCAGAUCCAGAGGGGGCAGAUUCCCAGCAAGUACAUGAUGGAUCAGGAGUUUUACCGGCGACACAGCAUAACAGAAAUGAAGGAAGACUCCAGCAAGACUCUGUCCGCAGCCGCCCGCAGAUCUUUCUUCAGGAGGAAGCAGAAACACAAACGCAGCAGCUCCAAAGACAGCAAAGAGAUGGUGGCUCUGGACACCAUCAGCACAGACUCCAUCCCUUUCCUGGAUGACUGCGUGAGCUUGGCGUACCAGCGCGUCCAGAAGGUGGAGUGCACCUCCCCUCGGCCGGUGCUCAUUCUCGGGCCGCUCACCGACCCGGUCAAAGAGAUGCUGGUUAAAGAGUCUCCCGGGAAGUUCUGCAGAUGCGUCCUGGAGGUGAUGAAGGCGUCCCAGCAGGCCAUCGAGCGGGGUGUGAAGGACUGCCUUUUCAUCGACUACAAGCGCAGGAGUGGACAUUUUGAUGUGACCACUGUCGCCUCCAUAAAGGAAAUCACCGAUAAGGGCUGUCACUGUUUGCUCGACAUCGCGCCGCACGCCAUCGAAAGGCUCCACUGCGUUCACAUUUAUCCCAUCGUUGUCUUCGUGCGCUACAAAAACGCCAAGCAAAUCAAGGAACAGAAAGAUCCGGUCUAUCUGCGGGACAAAGUCUCUCAAAAACAUUCCAAGGAGCAGUUUGAAAGUGCACAGAAGAUCGAACAAGAGUACAGCAAGUUCUUUACAGGUAUUGUCCAGGGCGGCACCCUCCCUUACAUUUGCACUCAGAUCAUGACGAUAGUUGAUCAAGAACAAAGUAAAGUCCUGUGGACUCCGCUCGGUUGCCCCUAGAGGAGACUGGCUUCCUCCUCCUCCUCCAUUCCCCAAACACUAAUUAACCCUUUCACACUAUACCAAUAGGUACAUUACAGUGAGCUAGUUGUGUAAAUUAUUGAUAUAUAAAUAUAUAUUUUUUAUUUUGUCUUUUUUGUUAUGAUUUCUAAACACAGACUCCAGAGCAGGUUAGUAGCACUGGACACUGAGGUUAAAGUUCAUUCAGUCUUCCCUAAGGGUUUCUGGUGGUGUGUUCGUAAUGCUGCAUCGUAAGCGUCUGUUUACAGUCUAAACGACACGUCUGACUAUUGGUGUUCAAUAUUUGCUUGAAAGCGUGUCCUCCCUCCUCCCUGCAACACUAAUGAAGUCCAGCCUCCUCCUCCCAAAAGACACUCGUGGUUUCCCUGAUCAUUAUGCACCUAUCUGACAUCGACUGACAAUUUAUUGUGCUUUUUUUUUUUUUUUGUUUUCGGUGCGUGACUGUUUGUGAGCGUGAACAGACGACGUCGAGGCCGUCGUUUCUAAGUUAAUUGUAAAAGACAAAUUGAACUGAGCUGAAUCUCGGUCGUUACCGUGAGCGCGACCCCUGAAGAAAAUCGAGGAUCGGGCGUCACAGAACGCAUCCGGCCUCUCCGAGUAUGUAGCCGUUGUCGUACUGAGCCCGACUGCCAGCAGCGACGGCCGUGGAAACUCACUACACAUCCAUGCUCGCUCUAUGCAUCGUGUUUCUGUUGUAGCUGGGCAUGUGGACAGUUUCUGGGCCUUUCGGGAAAGUGCCUUUGGAGAAGAAGCCUGAUCUGAAACCAGCCCCGAGUCACUUAGUCACAACUCUGAGGAUUUAAUUUUUCCUUUUCUUUUAAAGCCGUUUACUUCACUUAUCUAACUUAUCACUUCACCCACCGCUGACUGGACGAUUUACGGGCUGAUUUGAGACCAGCAGAGAGGCGAGCGCGCGACAACGCGGCGGCUAACGGGUUAACUCGGUAUGCACUCCAGGGCUAGACAGACCACUGUGUAACUAUCAUCUUUAACAUAUAUUUAACAAUAUAGAGUAUACCAUAUACAGUAUGCAGAUACAGCUGAAGAAAAAAAAAAGAGCAAAUAUAUAUAAAUAUAUAUAUAUAUUACAUGUAUUUUCACUGGGUAAUAUGCCUAGGAACGUCUGGCAGUCAAGUCAUGUCUUAGCAGGUAUUAGCAUGUUUUUUAAAGACUUCAUUUUAAUUUCUCUGUGGUCGGUCGUCAGUCACUUAUCAUUGUACUCAUCAGAAGAGACACUACGAAGUCAAAUUUGCAGGGUAAUCUCGCAAAAAAGAUUUUCCUCUCAUCCGUUUUCAUGUUAGUGACUUUUCAUUGUUAUUGUAUUUUUUAUUCAGAAGGCAAAAAAAAAA